UUGACUGGGCAUAAGUAAUGAAAUAAUUCAGUUUCAAAUGACACUUUUCUUUAUGUUUUCCAGAUUGCAGAAGAAUGGGAUGAAUAUAAUGUCUCCAUUAUAGAAAGAAAUAUUUAUUUCUCUUCUAAAAAGUGGAUUAAAACAGCAUCCAGAGAAUGUCUUCAGUUAAUAACACUGAAUUCCAUCCUUUCAACUUCCUUCUAAUAGGAAUCCCUGGAUUGGAAGAAUUGCACAUCUGGAUAGGUUUCCCUUUCUGUGUUGUGUAUCUGAUAGCAUUUGUGGGGAAUCUCACCAUUCUAUUUGUGAUCAACACUGAGAAAAGUCUCCACCAACCCAUGUUUUACUUUCUAGCCAUGUUGGCCACUGUUGACUUUUGUCUCUCCACAGCCACCAUCCCUAAGAUGAUGGGUAUUUUCUGGUUCAACUUUAGGGAAAUCACCUUUGAGGGAUGCCUUAUCCAGAUGUUUUUCAUCCAUAUUUUCACUGGUAUGGAGAGCAUUGUGCUUGUGGCUAUGGCUUUGGAUCGCUAUGUGGCCAUUUGUCACCCUCUCAGGUAUAGUAUGAUCCUCACUAAUAAAGCCAUUGUCACUAUUUCUGUAGUAGCGAUCCUGAGGAACUUUUCUUUAGUAACACCAAUGGUAUUUUUAGUCCUACGGCUGCCCUAUUGUGGUCAUCAUGUCAUUCUCCAUACCUAUUGUGAACAUAUGGGAAUUGCCCGAUUGUCUUGUGCCAGUAUCAAUGUAAAUAUAAUCUAUGGCUUAUUUAUUAUUUGCAUAAUAUUUUUGGAUAUGACCCUGAUUGCCAUUUCCUAUGUCCAAAUUCUCCAAGCAGUUUUUAAACUUCCUUCUAAGGAUGCCCGUUUCAAAGCUCUCAACACUUGUGGCUCUCACAUUUGUGUCAUUUUAGCCUUCUUCACUCCUGCUCUCUUUUCAUUCCUUACUCAUAGAUUUGGCCACAAUAUUCCUCAUUAUAUCCAUAUCCUAUUGGCCAAUCUAUAUGUUGUUGUCCCUCCUGCACUAAAUCCUGUUAUUUAUGGAGUCAGGACAAAGCAAAUUAGGGAAUGUUUGAUUCAAAUCUUUGCCAGGAAUGAUUAA